AUUAGUUAAUUUUUAUCCUGACGCACGCAGGAGGCUAAAUAAUAAACAGUGACAAAUUCACAUGGAAGGACGCGUGGCGGAUGGUGAGCCGUGGAAGGCCGCGAGCAUUAUAUGAGAGCUGCGAAUUGCCGCAGAGGAUCAGAGGUGGUUGAGAGUUGAGAAUAGCAAAAGGGGAUGGGGAUUGAGAGGUUGUUGGCCACACUGGCCAUAACUCUCUCCAUUCUCUCGGGAAAUGGAAACACCGUUCACAGCUUCGACGGCGGUACCCACCAAAAACCUCAACACAGUUUGUGUGAGGAACUCAUUCUUCCCUCCGGUUACCCCUGCUCCGAAUAUACGAUUCAAACCAAGGACGGUUUCUUGCUAGGUCUUCAGCGUGUCUCUUCUUCUUCUUCUGCUCUUCGUCUCGGGCACGAUGCAGAACGAGGCCCUCCGGUUCUGCUUCUGCAUGGCUUAUUCAUGGCAGGUGAUGCAUGGUUUCUAAACACUCCGGACCAAUCACUUGGCUUCGUACUUGCAGAUCAUGGUUUUGAUGUUUGGGUAGGGAACGUGCGUGGAACACGCUGGAGCCAUGGCCAUGUAUCUUUACCAGAGAAGAAUAAGCAAUUUUGGGAUUGGAGUUGGCAGGAGUUAGCCCUGUAUGAUGUAGCAGAAAUAAUCAAUUACAUUAAUUCAAUAACAAACUCAAAGAUAUUCGUAGUUGGGCAUUCACAGGGGACAAUUAUAUCUUUUGCUGCCUUCACUCAACCCGAGAUAGUAAAAAAGGUUGCGGCUGCAGCUCUUCUAUCUCCAAUAUCGUACUUGGAUCAUGUCAGUGCACCUCUUGUACUUAGAAUGGUUAAGAUGCACAUUGAUAAGAUGAUCCUUUCCAUGGGCGUUCAUCAACUAAAUUUCAAAAGCGAAUGGGCGGCUAAUCUCUUGGUUUCCUUAUGUGAUACCCGCCUAAGUUGCAAUGACAUGCUUUCAUCAAUAACAGGGAAGAAUUGUUGCUUCAAUGAGUCACGUGUGGAAUUUUAUCUUGAACAAGAACCUCACGCAUCCUCCUCCAAAAACUUGAACCACCUUUUCCAGAUGAUCCGCAAAGGUAGCUUCUCCAAGUAUGAUUAUGGAAAGCUAAAAAAUCUGAUAGAGUACGGCAAGUUCAAACCACCAAAGUUCGACCUUAGCCGCAUACCCAAAUCAUUGCCUCUGUGGAUGGCAUAUGGUGGAAACGACGCUUUAGCAGAUGUAACUGAUUUACAGCACACACUCAAGGAAUUGCCAUCCACACCGGAAGUGGUUUAUCUCGAAAACUAUGGACAUAUUGACUUCAUUUUAAGCUUGCAAGCAAAACAAGAUCUUUAUGACCCUAUGAUUAGAUUUUUCAAAUCAUUGGGAAAAUUUACUAGUAUGUAAAGCUUGCUUCCUUCCGGUAUGAUAGAUGUAAUAUAAUGGUCUAUACUAGUAUGACUUCAUAAAUGUUUACGCACGCUGUGAAGUCACAAUAUUAGUAUCACGUGAAGUCCAACUCGAUUUUCUGUUUGUAAGUAUGAUGUCAGAUCUAUAAAGAUUACUAUGUUUGUGUAAUAAAGCGCCCGCUUUAUUAUUAUUAUUUUGA